UGCGUUGAAGGAGGUCAUCGUCGAGCAUCCACGGAAACGGCGAGCACGCAACAGGCGAGCAGAGAGCCCGGUAAAAGAAACUUAGCGCAACCCUCUAGCGAAAUGUCAUUCCGAGGCGGUGGACGCGGUGGUGGUGGUGGCCGAGGAGGCUUCGGCGGUGGUCGCGGCGGUGGAUUUGGCGGUGGAUUCGGCGGUGGUGGUGGCAGGGGCGGUGGCCGAGGCGGCUAUGGCGGAAGGGUCCCCGAAGGACCACCGGAGUAUGUCCAGGAGAUGGGCAGCUUCAUGCACGCAGUCGAGGGUGAGAUGCUCUGCGCGAGCACAAACGCCAAGCAGGUCCCCUACUUUAAUGCUCCCAUCUACCUCGAGAACAAGUCGCAGAUCGGAAAGGUCGACGAGAUCCUGGGGCCGAUCAACGAGGUCUACUUUACCAUCAAGAUGGACCAGGGCAUGGUGGCCUCGAGCUUCAAGGAGAACGACAAGGUCUACAUUAGCGGCGAGAAGCUGCUGCCCAUCGAGAGGUUCCUUCCCAAGCCCAAACAACUUUUCAAGGGUCCUAAGCCGAAGCGUGGUGCAGGUGGACGAGGCGGAGCGCGCGGCGCUCCUCGGGGCGGCGGACGAGGCAUGGGCCGUGGUGGAUUCGGUGGAGGACGUGGUGCACCCCGGGGGCGAGGAGGCUUCGGCGGCGACCGAGGCGGUGGUCGCGGGAGGGGUGCGCCUCGAGGCGGCGGCGGCUUUGGAGGUGGCCGCGGCGGUGCCGGAGGCUCAAGAGGCGGCGGUGGCUUCCGCGGUGGCCGAGGUGGCUACUAGGCUCCUCCUGCUCCCUUUCUAUUUCCCCAUUCGCCUGUCUCUCUUCUGUUCUUCUUUCUUCUCGGUGACCUCGAAAUGUACAUCUGCACACACAU